AUGGAAGCGCAGUUCAGGAGUGCGGGAAUAACGAGAGAUGAUGCAAAGUUCGACCAUGUAGUAGCAGGUUUAGAGCCGAAAUAUCUGGAGUGCAUAGCUGAUGUGAUUCGGGAUCCACAGAAGGUGUUGAAAUAUGAGACGUUGGAGAAACGGUUAAUAAAUGAAUUCACAGAAUCGGAGCACAAAAGGCUGCGUAAGUUGCCGACAGAAUUGCAGCUAGGUGACAUGAAACCAAUGCAAUUGCUGAAGAAAAUGAAGGAAAUGGCUGGCAGUUCAAUGAGUGAUGACGUACUGACGUCAUUGUGGUUACAGCGACUGCCAGUGGGAGUUAGAACAAUUGUAGCUGCAGUCGAAGGUGAUUCUGCACAGUGGGCCAAGGUGGCUGAUAAGGUGUUUGAGGUACAGGAAACAGAAACGGUUUGUGUAGUGCAAAGGAAUGAACCUAAUGAGAUGAAGAAAGAAAUUGACAAGUUAAAAGUCGUG